UACAACCAGAGAGUUCUGACUGUCAUGGCUGCCGUUGAGUUGGCGGAGACCGGGCCGGUGUUGUAGAGCAGGAGCGGGAUAUGAAGCUGUCACCGGUCACAGGAAGAACCGAGCUCUGAGGCCUCAUUGUAUUUCUGAGUGCCCUGCCCCUCUGCCUGUCUGGUCGGCUCUGCCCCGGAGUAAGGUUCCGGUUCGGUCGGGGAUUCUCCAGGGUCUCUCUGCCUUCCUGCAGCCAUGGCUUCCUGGUUCGGGGGUCUUGGGUCCGGCCUGGGCCAGGUUGGGGGCAGCCUGUCCUCCCUGACAGGACAGAUCUCCAGCUUCACCAAAGACAUGUUACUGGAGGGGGCCGAGGAGCUGCCAGAAGGAAGUCCAGAGCUGCACGGCUCCCGGGAAAUAGAGAGCGUCCAGGCUCUGCAGAAGUCAGAGAAUGAGAGGCUGAAGAAGGUGUGUUCAGAGCUGGAAGACAAACUGGAGGCGGCUGAACUACAAGUGAAGCAACAAUCUGUGGACUACAGGAACCGGCUGCAGCAGAAAGAGGUGGAAGUCAGCCAUCUCAAGGCCAAGCUGAACUCCCUCCAGGAUGAGCUGCAGAAAUCUCAGGUCUCCGCACAAAUGUCCAGUGUCUCUCUUCAAGCAGCCGACUCUUCCGCCUUCAUGUCCAGCAUCCAGCCGCCGCUUUCCAGCUUCCAGGGGGAUGAUAUGGACUUUGGGGAUGUUAUCUGGUCUCAGCAAGAAAUCAACACGUUGUCCAGUGAGGUGUCCAGGCUGAAAGCAGAGGUGUCUCACUGGAAGCACAUAGCACAGUCUUCAAAAAUUCAAGGGGCCCAGAGCGCUGACACCGGCGAGAUCUGCAUGCUGCAAAAUAUCAUUAAGGAGCUGAAGCAGAAGUUGAGUCAAGAAAUAGAUGAUCAUCAGCACGAGUUCUCUGUACUGCAAGACGCUCAUCGUCAGAAACUGGCAGAGAUCACAAGGCGGCACCGAGAGGAGUUGGGAGAAUAUGAGGAGAGGAUCGAAGAGCUUGAAGAACAGCUCGGCACAGGAGCAGCAGAAGGCAGUUCUGAAAACGCCAGAGUACUUGAACUGCAGAAGACCAUUCUCUCCCUGGAAGAUGAAAAAACUGAAUGUACCCAGAAAAUUCAGAUGCUGGAGCAGAACGUGAGCGAGCUGGGUUCUCUGGUGUCCUCCGUGGAGGAGGAGAAGAGUGUCCUGCGUAUGGAGAAGGAGAUGGCAGUAACUGAGAGGAACGUGUUAUCGCUGGACUAUGAGAAGCUGGUGUCUCAGUUCACAGAGUUGCAGAAAUCUGGGGAGUCGGGGGGUACAGGAGACGUUGGCAACCUGAAGCACGAGGUUCUGCGCCUACAGGAAGCCCUCUUUGAUGCUGAAAAGGAAAUGAGCAGAAAGUCUCAGUCUGAACAGGCGGAUGGUGAUUCCACACCAGAGGGUAAAGAUACAAUAGAACUGGAGAACAAAACACUCUUCUUGGAGGAGGAGGUAAAACGCCUGGAGAAAGAAAAGGAUGUACUAAAAGCAGAACUGGACUUUGUGUUGUCCUCAUCUGCCAAACAAUCCGACCUCGAUCAGCUGAGAAGACAGCUGGAAGAAAAAGAGAAGAUGCUGCAGGAAAGUAUUGCCAAAAAGGAGACGCUUACAGCAGAAAUUGAAGAACUGGAUACACAGAAUCAGGAAACCAUGCAGCACUUGAUGCUUAUGAAGGAGCAGUUAUCAAAACAGAAAACUGAGGCAGAAUCCCAAAUUGCUCAUUUAACAGCAGAACUGCAAAGCGAAAAGGAGAAAUCGUUGAAAACUUUUUCAGAAAACAACAACUUAUUACAUGAGCUAGAGUCCGAGAGAGAAAGUCUCCGUGACCUGCAGACAAGCAAACAGCAGCUAGAGGCCCAGGUGGCCGAGAUGCUGAAGAAGCUGGAAGCAGACAACGCCGGCAUCAUUGUGGAGAAUAGGCAGCUUCAAGAAACACUAAACGAGGUCAGUCAAGAACUGGCCUCGGCCAAGGACAGCUCUGCAGCGAGACUCAAAAAUAAGAGUGAUGGCGAGGGAGAAUCCGAGAUUGUAAAACUUCAUAACCAACUUUCAGAGGUGAAGCAGCUGAAAGACGACUUGGAGAAAGAAAUCUGUGACCUCAAGAUGGAAAAUGAGAUGCUGCUGUCAACCCAAGAACAGGCUAAACAGCAGCUGCAGGAUGUCACCGCACAGACCAGCAAAGAUUCCUUGGAGAAAGAGACCUUGGUUGAGGCUUUAAGGAUGGAGAAAGGGAGACUGGAGGUGGAAUUAAAUCAAGUGGAGAACCGACUACAUGAGCAGGCUCAGAAGUACGAACGCACUAUCAAUGAACUUUCUAUCGCCCAAAAGAUGGACACCACCGCCCUGCAACGUGAGCACGAGCGACUUAUUAAGCUCAAUCAGGAGAAGGAGUUUCAAAUAGAAAAAAGCAAAAUGUCCUUGGAGCAAAUGAAAAUCGAUUGCGAAGAAACCAAGGAGAUGCUGACAAGUACGUUAGAAGGACAGAAGCAGCUCACCGAACUGAUCCAAGAGAAGGAGGCUUUUAUAUGUGAACUUAAAGAAAAGAUCUUUGACAUGCAGAAAGAGCUGGACCAGCACCAGAAAGCAUCAGAAGAGUGUGGUGUCUUAAAACAGACCAUCGAGGAAAAGGAAAGAACAUUGGCCUCCAUGAAGGAGGACAACAGCCAUCUUAAGGAGGAGAUGGAGAGACUGAAAGAUCAGCAGAGCCGACCACAGCCAGCAGUGGAACCAAAGACACUAGACAUCAUCACCGAACUAGAGGCUGAGAUAACGCAACUGACUAAAGUUCGUAAUAAUCACGAGGAAGAGCUGAAAGUUCAGAAGAAAGCGGUGGAGAAACAGAAUCAGAGCACGCUUCAGUUCCAGAAAACUUUGCAGGAGAAGAUAAAAGAAAUGGAUGAAAUCAAGAUGCAACACAAGGAAAUGGUAGACACUUAUGAGAACCUCCUGUCGGAAAAAGACAGCGAGAUCUCCAGUCUGCAGCAGACGAAUGAACUGAUCAGCUCCCAGCUACAGAAUGAGCAUCUUAUCCACACAGACACCUCGGUCAUUCUCCAUGAUACCAAGACUCAGAACAUCAACAACAGUGAUAACGGUACUGAGAAACACGACUUGUCCAAAGUGGAGAUCGACCGGCUGGUGAAAGGAAUCAAAGAGAAGGAGAUGGAGAUUAAAAUGCUGAACGAAAAGAACAUCACCUUGACCAAGCAGAUUGACCAGCUGUCCAAGGAUGAAGUCGGGAAGCUCACACAGAUUAUCCAGCAGAAAGACCUGGAGAUACAAAAUCUUCAUGCCCGAGUGUCCUCAGUCAAUUACAUGCAAGAUGUGGUGUAUCUCCAGCAACAGAUACAAGCUUACGCUAUGGAGCGGGAGCAAGUUCUGGCUGUCCUGAGUGAGAAGACAAGAGAGAACAGUCAACUAAGGACAGAAUACCAUAAAAUUAUGGAUGUGGUGGCAGCCAAAGAGUCGGCGCUCUUAAAACUCCAGGAGGAAAACCAGAGACUUUCUCGCAGCCAAGAAGGUAGCACCCAAGACAUGUUCAGAGAGACCCUCCAAAAUCUGUCUCGGAUCAUCCGAGAAAAGGACAUUGAGAUAGAUGCCUUGAGCCAAAAAUGUCAGACCUUGUUGACUGUCCUUCAGGCGUCCAACUCAGAAAACGGCAAUGAAAUGGGAAGCGUCAACAGCAAUCAGUUUGAGGAGCUGCUGCAGGAAAGGGAUAAGCUCAAGCAGCAGGUGAAGAAGAUUGAAGAAUGGAAGCAGCAGGUGAUGACCACCGUCCAGAACAUGCAGCACGAGUCUGCUCACCUUCAGGAAAUGCUGCACAAGCUCCAGGGUCAGAUAAGUUUGGAUAGCGAUUCUAACUCUAGGAUGCAAGUAGAUUACAACAACCUGAUCCAAAGCUAUGAGAACAACGAGAGGAAGCUCAAGGGCCUCAGCGUAGAACUGAGUAACGUGCAGAGCAAUAUUGGAGAGCUGAACAACACAAAAGAACGAAUUCUUGGUCAACUCGACACUGCCAAGCUGCAGGCAGGUAAGCCUAUCGUGACCCCCGAAAUAGAUCGUCCGUUAGCUGCAUCUUCUGAAUUAAAAGACGAGGGUGUGACCAAGAUCCUCCAAGAGUACGAGCAACUAAAAAUCCAGAUGCAAAAGAAAGACUCCACUAUCAGGACUCUUCAGGAAAACAACCAGCGCUUGUCAGACUCCAUAGCUCUGACGUCUGAAGAAGGCCGCAGGAGCCAGGAUGAGGCCGUCCUGGAGCUGAAGCAGCUUAAGGAGAGGAGCGAACUUCUGCAGAAGUCGCUUAAAGAGAAGGACAUUUUCAUAAAGACCAAGGGAGACAAGUUAAGCUCUGCCACCGAAAACCUGAGGAACAAAGAGAACGAGAAUGAGCUCCUGAAGCAAGCGGUCACCAACCUGAAAGAGAGGACGUUGAUCCUGGAGAUGGACAUCAACAAGUUGAAGGAAGAGAACGAGAAGGUGAUGGCCAAAGAGAAGGAGAAAGAAAGUGAAUUCCGAGCUCUACACGAAACCAACAUGCAGUUCUCAAUGCUGCUGCGAGAGAAGGAAUUUGAGUCCAGCUCCAUGAGGGAAAAGGCUUCAGCCCUCGAGAACCUUCUCAAGGAAAAGGAGCAGGGGAAAGCCGGCGAGUUGAACCAUUUGCUGAAUGAAGUGAGGUCCAUGCAGGAAAAAGCCAUUCUGUUCCAACACGAGCGGGACCAGGUGAUGCUGGCGCUCAAACAGAAGCAGAUGGAAAGCGUCGCCCUGCAAAAUGAGGUUCAACACUUAAGGGAAAAGGAGCAGCGUCUGAAUCAAGAGCUGGAGCGCCUGCGCAAUCACCUGCUGGAGAUGGAGGACUCGUAUACCCGCGAGGCGCUGGCGGCAGAGGACCGAGAAACUGAGUUAAAGAAGAAGGUGAAUGUCCUGGAGGAGAGACUGCUGUCCUCGUGCACCGCUGUGGAAACAGCCAGUCAUCAGGCUACGAUGCAGGUGGAGUCUCUGCAGGAGCAGCUGAACAUUGUGUCCAGGCAGAGAGAUGAAGCAUUGCUCCAGUUCAACAUGUCUCAAGAGCAAGUGAAGCAGUACGCAAUGUCACUGAGCAACCUGCAGAUGGUGCUAGAGCAGUUCCAGCAAGAGGAGAAAGCCAUGUAUGCAGCAGAGCUAGACAGAAACAAGAAGCAGAACACAGAGUUCAGGCAGAAGGUGGAAAAACUAGAAGAUAAGGUGGUGUCGCUCCAGGAAAGGUUAGAUGAAGCAAACAGCGCGCUGGAGGCAGCCUCACGGCUUGCUGAGCAGCUGGACCUGAAAGAGGAACAGAUAGAGGAGCUGAAGCGGCAAGGUGACCUGAAGGAGGAGAUGCUGGAAGACGCCCAGAAGAAGCUGAUGAACCUGCUGAACAGCACCGAAGGGAAGGUCGACAAGGUGUUAAUGAGGAAUCUGUUUGUUGGUCAUUUCCACACCCCAAAAAAUAAGCGGCACGAGGUGCUGCGGUUGAUGGGGAGCAUUCUCGGACUGAAUAAGGAGGAGAUGGAUGAACUUCUGGUGGAAGAGAAUCGCGGUGUGACCCGAUGGGUGACGGGUUGGUUUGGAGCAGCUCACUCCAAGAGUGUCCCCAAUACCCCACAAAGACCCAGCCAUCAAUCCCUACUUAAUAAUUCCUUCUCUGAGCUCUUCUUGAAGUUUCUGGAGACUGAAUCACGGCCGACACUUCCUCCACUGAAGAUGACAAUGCAGGACCUGGCGCCGCUGGGUGCAGCCACUAGUGGGAGCCAUAGCACCACCGCGUCCGCUUCAGGAUCCGGGUCGAUUCGACGUCAGGAGUCCAAUCCCUUCCUGGCCCCCCGCUCAGCUGCUGUACCCCUCAUCUCCACCUCUUCGCUGGGAGCCGGCUCGUCGGGGCACCUCCUCAUGAAGCCAAUAUCAGAAACUCUGCCCACGUUCACGCCUCUGCCCGUCUCUGCCGACGCCGGGGCUGUGCUGAAGGACCUCUUAAAGCAAUAGACUGGUCUGUAGGGAGGACUCCGGAGCAACGUAGCACUUUAUAAAGCAAAAAAAAAAACACUAUUGUAUAUAGGAAAACCCAAAGAGGCCUUCUCUGUUCAAUCGAAAGACUGUUUAUUUAAGAAGAACUCUGCCCGGAGCUCAAUGUCCGGCAGGAACCAUGUGACCUACUAUUACAAUUUAUUCCAGGGGGGCAGUAGAUUUAGUAAUUGGAUGUAAGUGAUUAAUUGGAUGGAAUUACUCAUAAUAUAAUGAAGACCGGACCUUGGCAUGAAAUCUACAACUAUGGCGCUCUCGGUGUGCGCCGUUUCUUUGAGGGGGUGUGGCUAUAAAAUUGCAACAAAUGUAUCUUCGCGUUAGGACAAUUCCGCGUAACUGAAACUUGGCGUUCACGCACAUCGGCCUCACUUCCCGCCGCGCCAAAUCAACGCAAUAUCACAUGACCGCACGUCCCAUGUUAAGGUUUCAGAUUAACGUCUCUGCCAAAGUUCACGCAGUGUUAUUUUCUUCCUCGCCCUCGCGUGGCGUUAUGAUUGUGGAGGCGGGGCAUUAUGGUUAAAGGUGACGUCCAUUUGUAUUUUUUUUUUUUUCAUACGCCACGUUCGGCACGGUUUUAUUCAUAUGUGGGUAAAACCGUAAACCUUAUGACAUGAAGGAGGAGACAAAAAUAAGGUGGAAAGCCGUUUUACUAUAUGGGGGCAUUAAAGGGGAUGUCUAUGCAAGCACGGUUUAUUGCCUUUUACAUUCAGAAAAACGGUAUACACUGCCGGGGGGGUGGAGCCUGAAACAUGCCAAAGAAAAAGGUCCGCCCCCCUCAUGCUCUGUCUUGGGUAUCACAAAGUAUCGUUUGAUCCUGGAGUGUCCCUUUUAACGUAA